AUGGAAAUUAGAGUGGCAAAUAAAUAUGCUUUAGGAAAAAAAUUAGGGAGUGGUUCCUUUGGUGAUAUAUAUGUUGCCAAGGAUAUUGUAACGAUGGAAGAAUUUGCUGUAAAAUUAGAAUCAACACGAUCAAAACAUCCCCAACUAUUGUAUGAGUCAAAAUUAUAUAAAAUAUUAGGAGGAGGAAUUGGUGUACCUAAAGUAUAUUGGUACGGUAUAGAAGGGGAUUUUACUAUCAUGGUUCUUGAUUUAUUAGGCCCAUCCCUUGAAGAUUUAUUUACCUUAUGUAAUAGAAAAUUUUCUUUAAAGACUGUCCUUAUGACAGCAGAUCAAAUGUUAAAUAGAAUUGAAUAUGUGCAUUCAAAAAAUUUUAUACAUAGAGAUAUUAAACCAGAUAACUUUUUAAUAGGACGAGGGAAAAAAGUUACCUUAAUACAUAUUAUUGAUUUUGGUUUAGCAAAAAAAUAUAGAGAUUCAAGAUCACAUACUCAUAUUCCAUAUAAAGAAGGGAAAAAUUUAACAGGAACAGCAAGAUAUGCAAGUAUAAAUACACACUUAGGAAUUGAACAAUCUCGUAGGGAUGAUAUUGAAGCCCUUGGAUAUGUUCUCAUGUAUUUUCUAAGAGGAAGUUUACCAUGGCAAGGUCUAAAGGCUAUAUCUAAGAAGGAUAAAUAUGAUAAAAUUAUGGAAAAAAAAAUAUCAACAUCAGUGGAAGUUUUGUGUAGAAAUGCAAGCUUCGAAUUCGUAACAUAUUUAAAUUAUUGCCGAUCAUUAAGAUUUGAAGAUAGACCCGAUUAUACAUAUUUAAGAAGACUUUUAAAGGACUUGUUUAUAAGAGAGGGAUUUACUUAUGACUUUUUAUUUGACUGGACAUGUGUAUAUGCCUCCGAAAAGGAUAAGAAGAAGAUGUUAGAAAAUAAAAACCGUUUUGAUCAAACAGCAGAUCAAGAAGGAAGAGAUCAACGAAAUAAUUGA